AUGCAGCAGAACAGUGAGUUCUUAACGGAAACACCUGGAAGCGACCCUCAUAUAUCUCAAUUGCACGCGAAUAGCGUAAUGGAAUCACAGCUCUUGGACGAUUUCCUCCUGAACGGGUCUCCCAUGUACCAGGAUGAUAGCAUGGCGCAUAUUAAUAUUGAUGAGGGUGCUAAUUUCCAAAAUUUUAUCAAGACAGAUGAGGGUGAUUCGCCCAACCUGUUGUCUUUCGAAGGUAUCGGUAACAAUACUCAUGUCAACCAAAACGUGUCCACUCCACUGGAGGAGGAAAUGGAAAGUAACAGAGCCUUGAAGGAGGAAGAAGAGGACGAGCAUGAAAAUAAGGUUUUUAAUGAAAAAAAUAUAGGCAACCCUGCUCAUGACGAGAUUGUAUUUGGAAGAAAGGAGACGAUUCAAUCUGUUUACAUAAAUCCUUUAGAUUACCUUAAAGUGAACGCAGCGCAGCUACCUUUGGAUGUAGAGGUCUCAGGUUUGCCACAAGUAUCUAGAGUGGAAAAUCAACUGAAACUGAAAGUGAAAAUUACGUCUGAAACACCACUAAACCAAAGCAUGCUUUACUUGCCUAGCGAUUCCAUUUCAAGAGAAAAGUUUUAUUUAAAAAAAAAUAUCGAGGAUUUUUCAGAAGACUUCAAGAAAAAUCUUCUGUACAUCAAUGCGUUUGUUCUAUGUGCGGUCAGCAACAGAACGACAAAUGUUUGUACCAAGUGUGUUAAGCGAGAACAAAGAAGAGCCGCUAGAAGGAAAUCAGGUAUUGCAGACAAUUUACUCUGGUGUAAUAAUAUUAAUAGAAGGUUAGUCGUGUUCAAUAACAAACAGGUUUUCCCCAUAAUGAAAACUUUCGAUAAUGUUAAGGAGUUUGAAUUAACUACCAGGCUAGUUUGUUAUUGCAGGCACCAUAAGGCAAAUAAUGGCUUUGUCAUAUUAUUCACUAUAACAGAUUGGCAAAAUAGACUGUUGGGUAAGUUUACGACAACACCUAUUAUGAUCACGGAUAGAAAACCAGCAAAUAUGGAUACCACCAAGUUUAAUAACACUACUACCUCGUCCAGAAGGCAGCUAACGGAAGAAGAAUCUACCACAGAAUAUUAUUCAACGGAUAACAACCAAUUGAGCAAAGACGAAAAUAUGCCAUUUCAAUAUACUUAUCAACACAACCCAUAUGAUAAUGACAGUCAAAUGAAUAAUAUUCCACUGAAAGACAAAAACGUACCAUUCCCAUAUUCCAUCUCUCAACAGACAGAUUUGCUUCAGAACAAUAACUUAUCACUGAACCUUUCUCUGCCCAAUCAGCAUAUUCCAUCACCAACAUCUAUGAGCGAAGAAGGCUCAGAAUCAUUUAACUAUCAUCAUCGCGAUAAUGACAAUCCCGUCCGUACUAUCUCUUUGACAAAUAUUGAACAACAGAGUCAAUUGAACCAACGGAAAAGAGCACGCAAUAAUUUGGAAAAUGACAUUGGUAAACCCCUAUUCAAGCAUUCCUUUUCAAAUUCAAUCAGUGCAACAAAUACGAUGAAUCCAGCUUUACAUUCAAUGCAAGAUUUCUCAAUGAAAAACAACAACAAUAAUUUGCCAUCAAUUAAUCGCGUUAUACCUUCACAAGGCCCAAUCAAUGGUGGUAUCGAAGUUACAUUACUGGGUUGUAACUUCAAAGAUGGUCUUUCUGUAAAGUUCGGCUCUAAUCUUGCCCUUUCUACGCAAUGCUGGAGUGAGACCACGAUCGUCACUUAUCUCCCUCCCGCUGCCUACGCGGGUCAAGUUUUCGUCUCUAUUACUGAUACGAAUAAUGAAAAUAAUAACGAUGACCUUCCCCAAGAAAUUGAGAUCAAUGACAAUAAAAAGGCCAUAUUUACCUAUGUUGAUGAUACUGAUAGGCAACUGAUUGAAUUGGCUUUGCAAAUUGUGGGAUUAAAAAUGAAUGGUAAGUUAGAAGAUGCAAGAAAUAUCGCGAAGAGGAUUGUUGGCAAUGAUUCUCCUGAUAGCGGUACAAAUGGCAACAGCUGUUCAAAAAGCACAGGUCCCUCUCCAAACCAACACAGUAUGAAUCUGAACACAAGUGUUCUUUACUCCGAUGAAGUCUUGAUACAAAAAGUUAUAAAAUCAUUGAACAUAAAUUCCAAUAUUUCCAUAUGUGAUUCAUUAGGGAGAACUUUAUUACAUCUUGCCUGUUUGAAAAAUUACUCAAGCCUUGUGUAUACAUUGAUUAAAAAGGGUGCUCGUGUUAACGAUAUUGAUUCCUUUGGGCUAACUCCAUUACAUUUUGCUUGCAUAAGUGGUGACCCUAAAAUUAUUAAGAUGCUUUUAAAUUGUAAAGUAAAUUAUUCACUGAGGUCACACAACGGAUUAACUGCAAGAGAAGUAUUCAUAGCAAACCACAUUCAUUCAAAGGAAAUAGACAAAAAACAAGAUAACAGAGACAACCAUAAGUUUGUUCAUAAUGACACUUAUAUCAGCGAAGUAUUGUCAUUGUUUGAAGAAUUCCAAAACGGUACGAAGUUUACCGAUAGUGUAGAAACAGACAGUAAUUAUUCUAUUAGCAGGAAAUAUUCACAAUCCAGUUUCAAUUCAAGCCUGCUAGACAAUGAAUCUUUGAAUGAGAACUUAUUCGAAAGCCAAAGCAUGAUAAAUCCCACUUCUAUGGAGAUUCAGCAUCCAACCUUGCAACUAUUUGAGAAUUCAAGUUACUCUGAGUACGACCAAAGUGAUUUCGAAGAAGACGGGGAUGAAGAUCUGUUCGUCACUGACGAAGUAGAAAAACCAGGUGUUGCAUGCAGGGAGGAACAAAGCGAACUCCUUGAUAUUGGAUCUAGCGCCAACGAACCCGAAGAGGAUAAUGGUAGUACAUCUCUCUGGAAUAGAGUUUUACAUCGAAUUAAUGAUGACUUACCAAAAUAUGAGGAUCUGUUCCCGUUGUCUUGGGGUAAAGAUGAUAAAUUGAAAACCACAAAUCAAGACAGUAUUGUGGAGCAGUCAGCAUCUAAUAUUGAAAACUCUGAAAAUUCGGAGGAAGAGGAUUAUGAGGAAGAGGAAGAAUUUUUGAAAAAACAGUUUAACAGAUUCUUCCAAAACAAACAAAACUUCCGAAAUGAUAAAAUGUUAAUAUUUUUCUGGAUACCCUUAACACUACUACUUUUGACAUGGUUCAUCAUGUACAAAUUUGGCAACCAAGAUAGUUCCAUCAAUCAUAUAAGCGAAUUAAUCUCAGAGUACUUGAGAAUUGCAUUAGCAAAGUUCUUGCUGGGAAAUGAAAGGAUGAAAACUGCAUUCAGGUCAAAAUUAUCAAACCUGCAAACAACAAGAAUGUUGAACGAUUUAAUUGUCAGUUAG